UAGGAAGCAGCCAACGGUGUAAUCAUAGUACAACUAUUUAACAGUUACGUACAACCAAUCACUUGCAGUAUAUAUCCCCUCCAACUCCUCCUCUUUCUCUGGAGGCAUCAAGAACAAUGGGGGUUUUCAAUCCAAGAAUCCAAUUGACUAUUCUUCUUCUCCUCCUCUCAUCUCCGUCUUCCCUAUCUCUCAAUCUACCCACUAACCCCAAUACAACAGUAUACGAAAUCCUCACUAAAUUCAACCUUCCUCCAGGGCUUUUACCAAGCUCUGUAAAAUCUUACUCUCUUUCCGAUGAUGGAACAUUUGAAGUUUUACUGGAGAAGCCUUGUUAUGUGGAGUUUGAAUAUUUGGUUUAUUACGCUGAUAAGGUUACUGGGAAGCUGAGUCUUGGGUCGAUUACUGAUUUAGAAGGAAUUGAAGUUAAGAGAUUCUUGUUGUGGUUAAAUGUGAAUGAGAUCCGAGUGGAUUUGCCAUCGUCUGGGAGUAUUUACUUUCAAGUUGGGUUCAUUAACAAGAAGCUUGAUAUCAAACAGUUUGAAACUCUUCAUUCUUGCCGGGACAAUGGUUUGGCCUUGUGUGGAGGACCAUCUCUGAGACAGGUACAGGCAGUCACGGAGGAAUUCGACACGUUGAUGCCAGUUACUACGAAUGUGGAAAAACAACAAGAACACAGACAAACAUUGUUUCUAGUUCUUACCCUUGCUGGACUUCCUCCUGACCAUGAUUCUGUGCGUGAUCAAAUUUUAGCUAGCCCUACAAUUCCUACAAUCGAUGAAUUAUUCUCUCGUCUACUUCGUGUUGCCGCGCCUCCCAGCCACAAAGUAGUUUCAUCACCUACCAUUGACUCAUCUACUCUCGCAUCUCAAACCAUAGAAAAACGAGCAUAUCAAUCUAUGGAGAAUCAACGAGGAGGAGGUCAUCUUGGAAAACCUCGAUCCAAGUGUAGUUAUUGUCAUAAGUCUGGACACACUCGUGACAUAUGUCAUACUUUGCAUGGUCCACCACCCAGUUAUGAUCCUGUUGCUCUAAAGGAAUAUAAUGAGUUCCUUUGUAAACGUGCAAGUAAGCAAACAUCUCCACAAGAAGCAUUUGUUGCUCCGCCUAAUCGACCAUCCCAAAAUGCUCAUAUUGCUCAAUCAGAAUAUGAUGAGUUCCUUCAAUAUCGAGCAAGUAAGCAAACGUCUCCACAAGUAGCUUCGGUUGUUCAACAUGAUGUUGCUGUUGCGGGUAAUUCUUUUGCUUGUGUUUCACAGUCUAAUACUCGUGGAUCAUGGGUCAUGGACUCCGGCGCUUCUGAUCAUAUUUCUGGUAACAAAUCACUUAUGUCAGGACCGCAGCUAGGGACAAAUGAUUGGCACAUGACAUGAAUCACAAGACCUUUACUAUCUUACCUCUUCAAAUUCCUUCACAACAUGCUCUGUUACAGAUCCUCCGGACCUCAUUCACAAACGUUUGGGACAUCCGAGUCUAUCCAAACUGCAACAGAUGGUGCCUAAUUUAUCUAAAUUAGAUUGUGAGUCAUGUCAACUUAGGAAACACACUCGUGCCACAUUUUCACGUGGUACCGAUGGGCAUUCAGAGUAUUUUUUCAUUAGUUCAUUCUGAUAUUUGGGGUCCUAGUAGAGUUAGUUCCACCUUAGGAUUUCAUUAUUUUGUUAGUUUCAUUGAUGAUUAUUCGAGAUGCACUUGGGUUUUCUUAAUGAAAGAUCGUUUUGAGUUAUUUUCUAUAGUCAAAAGUUUCUUUGCUGAAAUACAAAAUCAGUUUGGUGUUUC